AUGCAAAACACCAUGAAUUCAGAAGCUCAAGUAGUUGAUGAUCCAUUACGAGCAUAUACAACUGAAGAUGUUGAUGAGGAUGUGAACCUUGGUAGUGAUGCAAAGCGAGAGCAUUCAUUCCUUUUUGAUGGAUUCGUUAAUUCCAAAACUAUGUUGAAUGAAUUUGUAGUUCAAUAUAGUAAAGCGGUUGAAUCACAACGAGCCGUCGAAGAAGAUGAAGACUUCAAAACUAUGAACUUAAAGCCAAUUCGUUCAUCUAUUCAUCCAAUAGAAGCAAAAAUAGGUGAAUGUCAUACCAGGAAGAUAUUUGAGAUUUUAAAAAAAGAAUGGGUAGAAGCUAAACAAAAUUUAACUCAUGAGACAUUAACCAAAUGUAUAGAAGAAAUCAGAUACAUGGUUAGACAAGUGAAUGUUGACAAGGCAAAUUGCCUAUAUGUUCUCAAGAAGAGAAAUGUUCAAACCAUUGCCGAUUAUUAUAUUUUACGUUGGCAGACACUUGAUUCUAGGUUCAGGGUGAGUGCUCGUAGCAUAAGACUUGAUGAGAUGAAUAAUGAAAACGAGGCGGAGGAGGCUUCACAAGAUAAACAAUGA